AUGAGGGACGAGAGAGAAAAAAACCCGGCUCGGGCCGCGCACCGCGGGGCCCGGGGAGGAGCAGGCCGAGGCGCCGGGCGUGACCCUCGUGUCUGCCCGGGCGGCGCUUGCCUCGCGGGGCAAGCAGCGCUGUGGGCGGGUUUGUGCGCGCUCCCGCCACCGCUCGCCCCGCGCCUGCGCCGUGUCGCCGCUUCCGCCCCGCCCCCCCGAGGCGCCCGGCCCAGCCCGGCCUCGGGCCCCGGCGGGGCGGGCUGGGGGGCUCCGCGUCCGGGGCUGCUCCUCGUGCCCCCGUCCUUGGAGCCGGCGUGUCAGCGAGGAGCUGCAGCCAGAAAGAAUUGGGGCUUGGGGCCGAAGGGCCCCCAGGAGCUGUCGUGUCUGCAAGGAUCGCUCCAGGGACUCAGACGGGUGUGCGGGGCCUGCAGCGGUCCCUUGCAAACAGCUGAGGCGCCACGGGCGACAGAUUCACCUUCAAGAUCUCUGUCCAAAGUCAAGGUGAUGGAGAAGACAGCGGUGCUUUCAGAGAGCAGCUGUCCCAGCAACACCUCACCCAGCAGCAUGCUCAGGUCCUUUGAUACCUGAGACCUUCCUUAGUAGCAAGAAGGUCCAUCUCUGGUGGCAAAAUAUAACUCAUUCUUUUGGC